AUGGGUGGUCCCUUCGGAGCCAGUAGCGCCCUCUACGCAUCUUACGAUGGUAGAGACGAGUGGUGCUUCAAUCAGUUCCAGGCAAUUUGGUGCAGCAACGGAGGUUGUACUGGGCAGAGUGUGGUGCCUGCAGACUCUGCUGUAGGUCACUGCUGGGCUGGAUUUCAACAGAUGUGGGCCAAUAUUUGGUGUGCUCCGGGUCGGUUGAUCGAGGAACCUUAA